UGCCCGGGGGGCGCUCCAGUCCCCCGCCCCGCCGCCGAUGAGGAAACAAAGUCAGAGAGGUGGAGUGACUUGCUGGAGGGUCACAAAACAAGUGCCAAGAUUGGAAUUUGGACCCAGAACUUCUGGACUCCAAGGCGGUUUCCCAGAACCAUGAUUGCUUGAUCUCACAACCCAGUGAAGAUUUCUCUCCUGAUAAUGUCAAGUUCAGGCUACCCUCCGAACCAGGGAGCCUUCAGCACUGAUCAGAGUCGAUACCCUGCCCACUCUGCCCAGUAUACCUUUCCCACCACUCGCCACCAGCAGGAGUUUGCAGUGCCUGAUUAUCGGUCGUCUCAUCUGGAAGUCAGUCAGGCGUCACAGCUUCUGCAGCAGCAGCAGCAGCAGCAGCAGCAGCAGCAGCAGCAGCUGCGAAGGCGACCUUCCUUGCUUUCAGAAUUUCACCCAGGCUCUGACAGGCCUCAGGAAAGGAGAACUGGGUAUGAACAAUUUCAUCCAGGUCCGUCUCAGGUGGACCAUGAUUCCCUGGAAGCUAAGCGACCUCGGCUGGACCAGGUUUCUGACACACAUUUUCAGCGGGUCAGUGCUGCUGUCUUGCCUUUAGUACACACACUGCCAGAGGGGCUGCGGGCAUCUACAGAGGUUAAGAAGGAGCCAGCUUUUGGAAGCAAACAUGAAGCCCCAUCUUCUCCCAUUUCCGGCCAGCCCUGUGGAGACGACCAGAAUGCUUCUCCUUCCAAACUUUCCAAGGAAGAGUUAAUACAGAGCAUGGACCGGGUGGAUAGAGAAAUAGCAAAGGUAGAGCAGCAGAUUCUCAAACUGAAAAAGAAGCAGCAACAACUUGAAGAAGAAGCUGCUAAGCCUCCAGAGCCAGAAAAGCCUGUGUCCCCUCCUCCUGUGGAGCAGAAACACCGAAGUAUUGUCCAAAUUAUUUAUGAUGAAAAUCGGAAAAAAGCCGAAGAAGCUCAUAAAAUUUUUGAAGGUCUUGGCCCAAAAGUUGAACUGCCACUUUACAACCAGCCAUCCGACACCAAAGUGUACCAUGAAAACAUCAAGACUGGAGCACCUGCAAGGCGCAUGAUGAAAAACCAGGUGAUGAGGAAAAAACUCAUCUUAUUUUUUAAAAGAAGAAAUCAUGCAAGAAAGCAAAGGGAACAAAAAAUCUGCCAGCGUUAUGAUCAGCUCAUGGAGGCAUGGGAGAAAAAAGUGGACAGAAUAGAGAAUAAUCCUCGGAGGAAAGCUAAAGAGAGUAAAACCCGAGAAUACUAUGAAAAACAAUUUCCAGAAAUUCGAAAGCAAAGGGAACAACAAGAAAGAUUUCAGAGGGUUGGGCAGAGAGGAGCUGGUCUUUCCGCCACCAUUGCUCGAAGUGAGCAUGAGAUUUCUGAAAUCAUUGAUGGCCUCUCUGAGCAGGAGAACAAUGAAAAACAAAUGCGUCAGCUUUCUGUCAUUCCACCCAUGAUGUUUGAUGCUGAACAAAGAAGGGUGAAGUUUAUCAACAUGAAUGGUCUCAUGGAGGAUCCCAUGAAGGUGUAUAAAGACAGACAGUUCAUGAAUGUUUGGACUGACCAUGAAAAGGAGAUCUUUAAGGAAAAAUUUGUCCAGCAUCCAAAGAACUUUGGCCUUAUUGCUUCCUAUUUGGAAAGAAAGAGUGUGCCAGACUGUGUUUUAUAUUAUUAUUUGACCAAGAAAAAUGAGAAUUAUAAAGCCCUUGUAAGAAGAAAUUACGGAAAACGCAGAGGAAGAAACCAGCAACAAAUUACCCGGCCUUCACAAGAGGAAAAGGUAGAAGAAAAAGUUGAGGAAGAUAAAACUGAAAAGACAGAAAAAAAAGAAGAAGAAAAGAAAGAUGAAGAUGAAAAAGAUGAAAAAGAAGAAUCUAAAGAAAACGCCAAAGAGAAGGACAAGACAGAAGGUACAUCAGAAGAAACGGAAGAAAGGGAGCAAGCCACACCUCGGGGGCGAAAAACAGCCAACAGCCAAGGUCGCCGCAAAGGUCGAAUCACCAGAUCCAUGACAAAUGAAGCUGCACAGGCGAGUGCGGCCGCAGCUGCUGCUACUGAAGAGCCGCCGACUCCACUGCCACCGCCGCCCGAACCUGCUUCUGCUGAACCUGUGGAGACUUCACGUUGGACAGAAGAAGAGAUGGAAGUUGCUAAAAAAGGCUUAGUUGAACAUGGUCGGAACUGGGCGGCGAUCGCCAAAAUGGUGGGGACAAAAAGCGAAGCUCAGUGUAAAAACUUUUACUUCAACUACAAAAGGCGCCAUAAUCUGGACAACCUCCUGCAGCAGCACAAGCAGAAGUCUUCAAGAAGGCCCCGUGAGGAACGAGAUGUAUCCCAGUGUGAAAGCAUCGCUUCUACUGUCUCUGCUCAGGAGGAUGAAGAUAUUGAAGCUUCCAAUGAAGAAGAAAAUCCAGAAGACAGCGAAGGUGCUGAAAAUAGCUCUGAUACAGAGAGUGCACCUUCUCCCUCCCCAGAUGAAGGUGCCAAGCCAGGUGAGGACCCUGCUGAAAAUGCCACUCCUGGGUUAGCCAGUGAGGCCCCAGCAGAACUGGAAUCCACCACAGGUGACCCCACCGCAUCACCCGCAUCUGCCAUUCCAAGUGCAAAGCCAGUAGCAGGACAGGAAGCUGUGGAAGCUCAGGUAAAAGAGGAAGUCAGUGAAGAACAUGGGGAGCCCAUGGAGACUGACCGUGAAAGCCACCCUGCUGAUGCUCAGCCACUUGUUGGGGUCUCUGGGCAAACCAGAGCAGAACCUGCUGACACAGAGAUGAGGCUGCCAGAGAGCGUUCAGGUGAAAGCAGAGAGUGAGGCCAAAGAAAGGGACUUGGAAAGACCCACAGAAAAGCCUGAGCCGGAGGAUGUGAGCUUUGCCUUAGCCCAAACUUCCAGUGCCCUGAGGCCCGAGUCUCGAUCUGACAAUGACUCCAGUGCUACCUGUAGUGCAGAUGAAGAUGUGGAUGGAGAACCUCCUGAGAGGCAGAGAAUGUUUUCUAUGGAUUCAAAGCCUUCACUGUUAAACCCUUCUGGAUCUGUGUUAGUCUCUUCUCCCAUAAAACCAGCUGCAAUGGACCUCCAGCAGCUUCACCAUCGAGCAGCUGUCAUACCACCAAUGGUCUCCUGUGCCCCCUGUAAUGUGCCCGUCGGUGCCCCUGUAAGCGGCUAUGCUCUUUUUCAGAGGCACAUUAAAGCCAUGCAUGAGUCGGCUCUCCUGGAGGAGCGGCAGAGGCAAGAACAACUUGAUCCAGAGUGUCGACGUUCUUCAAGUCCAAACGUUGAAUGGGAAGGAAAAUCAGUCGCCUUUCUGCCUCAUGCUGAGGUCAAACGUGCAAUAGGACAGGAAGCGCAGAUGCAAAACCCCGCAGCAAGGUCAGCCUCACCGCAUAGGCUCUCUCCAAGAGAAGUCAGUAAAGCAUCUCCACAGCCCGAUAGGAGUGCCGCUCGCUAUAGUGUACCGCCAGUCCUCCAGCCUGCUCCACAUCAAGUGAUAACGAGUCUCCCUGACGCAGCCCGACUUCCAACGACCCGACCCACCAGGCCGCCGCCUCCGCUCAUUCCUUCUUCCAAAACCACCAUGGCCACUGAAAAACCAUCGUUCAUUAUGGGGGGAUCAAUCUCACAGGGAACCCCUGGCACCUAUUUAACCUCUCAUUGCCAACCUUCCUACACACCAGAGCCAGCCAAGCCUUCAGUUGGGUCUAUAUCUCUUGGAUUGCCACGGCAACAGGAGCCGAGCAAGCCUGCCGCCUCCAUGCCCUACAUCAAGCAGGAGGAGUUUUCACCCCGUGGUCAAACCUCCCAGCCUGAGGGCUUGUUGGUCAGGGCCCAGCAUGAAGGUGUUGUCAGAGGUACUACAGCAGCAAUCCAAGAAGGAAGUAUCACUCGAGGAACCCCAGCUAGCAAAGUUCCUGUGGAAAGCAUCCCUUCCCUUCGGGGCUCUAUCACUCAGGGUACUCCAGCUCUGCCCCAGCCUGGCAUACAGUCAGAAACAGUGGUGAAGGGAACAGUCGCUCGAAUCUCCAUGGACGACAGUAGCCCCGAGAAGAGCCGAGAGGAAGCCGUGUCCAAAGGCCACGUGAUUUAUGAAGGAAAGAGUGGACACAUCUUGUCCUAUGACAAUAUUAAGAAUCCCCGAGAGGGAACCAGGAGCCCAAGAGCUGCUCAUGAAAUGAGUUUAAAGAGAAGCUACGAUUCCAUGGAAGGAAGCAUCAAACAAGGGAUGUCGCUGAGAGAGUCUCCUGUGUCUGCCCCUUUGGAAGGGUUGAUAUGCCGUGCACUGCCCAGGGGUAGCCCUCAUUCUGAUCUUAAAGAGAGAACAGUGCUAUCUGGUUCUAUAAUGCAAGGCACACCAAGAGCCACAACGGAAAGCUUUGAAGAAGGCCUUAAAUACCCCAAACAGAUUAAAAGAGAGAGUCCUCCCAUCCGAGCAUUUGAAGGAGCUAUUACAAAAGGAAAACCAUAUGAUGGAGUCACUACUAUCAAGGAAAUGGGACGUUCAAUUCAUGAAAUUCCAAGGCAAGAUCUUUUAAGUCAGGAAAGCCGGAAAACUCCAGAAGUAAUCCAGAGUACAAGACCCAUAAUUGAAGGUUCCAUUUCUCAGGGCACACCCAUCAAGUAUGAAAGCAACUCUAAUCAAUCUGCCAUUAAACAUAACGUCAAGUCUCUAAUCACGGGCCCUAGUAAGCUCCCUCGUGGGUUGUCUCAGUUGGAAAUGGUUCCAGAGAAUAUCAAAGUGGUUGAACGAGGGAAAUAUGAAGAUGUAAAAGCUGGAGAACCAAUCCGCUCCCGGCAUACGUCAGUUGUUAGCUCUGGUCCCUCUGUUCUAAGGUCAACCCUUCACGAACCUCCCAAAGCACAACUGAGUCCUGGGAUUUAUGAGGACGCCAGUGCAAGGAGAACGCCUGUGAAUUACCAGAGCCCCAUGUCCAGAGGGUCCCCCAUGAUGAACAGGACUUCUGAUGCUGCUGUUUCUUCUGGGAAGUCUGCAAAUCACGAAAGGAAAUCUACGCUUACUCCUACUCAAAGAGAAAGUGUCCCUUUACCAGCUAAGUCUCCAGUCCCAGGGGUGGACCCUGUCGUCACCCACAGCCCUUUUGAGCCCCACCACAGAGGCAGUGCGCCAGGGGAGGUCUAUCGAAGCCAUCUUCCUGCACACCUGGAUCCUGCAAUGCCAUUUCACAGGGCACUGGACCCUGCGGCCGCUGCAUACCUGUUCCAGAGACAGCUUUCCCCGACACCAGGUUACCCAAGUCAGUAUCAGCUUUAUGCAAUGGAAAACACGAGGCAGACGAUUCUGAAUGAUUAUAUCACCUCACAACAGAUGCAAGUCAACUUGCGCCCUGAUGUGGCCAGAGGACUCUCCCCCAGAGAGCAACAAUUAGGUCUCCCAUAUCCUGCAACCAGAGGAAUCAUUGACUUGACCAAUAUGCCUCCCACCAUCUUGGUGCCUCAUCCUGGGGGUGCAAGCACUCCUCCAAUGGAGAGAAUCACUUACAUACCAGGUACCCAGCUGACCUUCCCUCCCAGACCUUACAAUCCUGCUUCAAUGUCUCCAGGCCACCCAUCACACCUGGCUGCAUCUGCUGCCGCAAAUGUUGAAAGGGAGCGUGAGCGGGAAAGGGAAAGAGAGAAAGAACGUGAGCGAGAGAGGGAAAGAGAGCGGGAGCGGGAAAGAGAGCGGAUUGCUGCUAUGUCUUCAGAGCUCUACCUUCGUCCAGGUUCCGAGCAGCCUGGACGGCCGGGCAGCCACGGCUACGCCCGCUCCCCUUCCCCCUCAGUGAGGACGCAAGAGAAUCUUCUGCAGCAAAGAUCCACUAUCUUCCAGGGGCCCAACGGAGCCAGCGUCAUCACCCCUUUGGAUCCCGCCGCGCAGCUGCGCAUCAUGCAGCUGCCCCCCGGCGGGCCUUCCCUAACUCCAGGCUUGCCUGCCUCCCGCUACAACACCGCAGCCGACGCCCUGGCUGCCCUGGUGGACGCCGCUGCUUCAGCCCCUCAGAUGGAAGUGACCAAAGCGAAGGAGAGUAAGCACGAAGCGUCCCGGCUAGAGGAGAACCUGAGAGGCAGGUCGGCCCUGGCUAGUGAGCAGCAGCAGCAGCUGGAGCAGAAAACCCUGGAGGUGGACAAGAGGUCCGUCCAGGGCCCGUACACCUCCGCGACGUUCCCGAGCGGCAAGCCGCAGGGCCAGUCGUCUUCGGUCGUUUAUUCUGAGGCAGGGAAAGAGAAAGCCCCUCCACCUAAGUCUCGGUAUGAGGAGGAGUUAAGGACGCUGGGAAAGACCACCAUCACCGCAGCCAACUUCAUCGAUGUCAUCAUCACCAGGCAGAUCGCCUCCGACAAGGAUGCGCGGGAACGCGGCUCUCAGAGCUCCGACUCUUCCAGUAGUUUGUCAUCUCAUCGAUACGAACCGCCUGGAGACGCUAUUGAGGUGAUAAGCCCUGCCAGCUCACCAGCACCACCCCAAGAAAAACUCCAGGCCUACCCGCAGGAGGCCGCUAAGACAAACCCUGCAGAAGGUGAUCCCAGUAGACAGUAUGAUGGAUCGCUGCCGCGAUAUCGACCCCAACAAGAGUCUCCAUCUCCACAGCAGCAGCUGCCACCGCCAGCACCUUCUUCCCAGGCAGAAGGAAUGGGACAGGUUCCCCGGACCCACCGGCUCAUCACUCUCGCUGACCACAUCUGUCAAAUUAUUACACAAGAUUUUGCUAGAAACCAAGUUGCCUCGCAGGCUUCCCAGCAGCCUCCCACUUCUACAUUCCAGAAUUCAGCAUCUCCUUUAGUAUCUACUCCCGGGAGGGCAAAAACAUCGAGCCGUUACAGUCCAGAAUCCCAGCCUCAAGCUGUCCUUCAUCCACGGCCCGGCUCCAGGGUGUCUCCUGAAAAUCUUUCUGAUAAAUCCAGGGCAAGGCCUGGGAAAUCUCCAGAAAGAAGUCAUGUCUCCUCAGAACCCUACGAGCCAAUCUCCCCCCCUCAGGUUCCGGUCAUCCAUGAGAAGCAGGACAACGUCCUGCUGCUGUCUCAGAGCGCUGUGCCCGCGGAGCAGAGGAAUGAUUCCCGCUCUCCAGGAAGCAUAAGCUACCUGCCUUCCUUCUUCACCAAGCUGGAAAACACUUCCCCCAUGGUGAAAUCAAAGAAGCAGGAAAUUUUUCGUAAGUUGAACUCCUCUGGUGGAGGUGACUCUGACAUGGCAGCUGCACAACCAGGAACUGAAAUCUUUAAUCUGCCAGCAGUCACUACCUCAGGCUCCAUCAGUUCUAGAGGUCAUUCUUUUGCGGAUCCUGCCAGUAAUCUGGGUCUAGAAGACAUAAUAAGGAAGGCUCUCAUGGGAAACUUUGAUGACAAAGGAGAAGAUCAUGGAGUUGUCUUGACACCACCUAUGGGAGUAGUAUCAGGUGGUUCAAACCCAUCCAUGUUGGGCAGUAGUGAAGCACGCAGAGAGGAAACAAACCCAUCGCCCAAUUCUGGCGGGGGAGUUGGCAAACCGAAGCUAAUUGGCAAGUCAAAUAGUAGGAAGUCUAAAUCGCCUAUUCCUGGUCAGGGCUACUUAGGAACUGAGCGACCUUCUUCAGUGUCAUCUGUCCAUUCAGAAGGAGACUACCACAGGCAGACCCCUGUGUGGGCCUGGGAAGAUCGGCCCUCUUCCACAGGUUCAACGCAGUUCCCUUUCAACCCUUUGACGAUGCGGAUGCUCAGCAGUACGCCGCCAACGUCGAUCGCUUGCGCCCCCUCCUCUGUGAGCCAGGCAGCUGCUCACCCACCAAACAGGAUGUGGGAGCGAGAGCCCGCCCCGCUGCUCUCUUCACAAUAUGAGACGCUUUCGGACAGUGAUGAAUGAACUAUGCACAGACUGACACCAGGGGGGAGGGGUCUUUAGGUUUUUUUUGUGGUUUUUUUUUUCUUCUCAAUUGCGGGUCUAAAAAACAGUCUCUUGACUUGUGCCCAAAGAGACUUUCCAGGAGAACCAGGGCCACACACGAUGAAGAAAUGAUGGAAUCUCAUUUGGAGAGUCAAGUAAAAAAAUGACUGUGAUACAGCCCGUCAGGAGGAUUUUAAUAGUGGAGGGUGGAAAUCCUGAAGAUAAAUAUGUAAAGAGUUUUUAAAAAGUGGACAAUUCCUGUUCUUCAUCUAUUUGUAAAGAAAAGCAUAAUGUCUUUAAAUCAUUCUUCUGUAAAUAGAGAUUACCUUUUUGCAGUGUUUUCCCCUCACUAUAGUAUCUGGCGUACUUAUGUUCCAAUCAGCGCAUCGACUUUGGGGGUCAUUUUUUGUGAUUUUUUUUUUUUUAAAGGAAAUUAAGUGUGACUUCAGAACCCUAGCCUUCCAAACAACCUCACUCGGCCUUGUUACGUUGCAUUGGCCGUCACGGGCAUUGUAUUUUAAUGGUGUGUUUCUCUUUACAUUUCCCCAGUGAUGUUUAAAAUCUUUAUGAAAAUGUUGAGCUCUUCAGAUGGACCCUGUGACAAAACCUGUACAUUAUUAUAUUUGGGUCAGCCAGCAGGAGAGAACACAUUUGCUUCAUUUUAAAAAGUAUUCUGCCACAUUGUACAUUUUUUUAGUUUUUAAAAAAAUGAGCACUGCAGCAAUAUUAUUGCAUGGGUAUGUGAUGAUUCUGCUUGAAAAGGAAGAGGAGGCUUAUAUGAGGUGAACCUCACUGUAAUGCACACUGGCGACUUAACUACCACCCUGGGUAUUUUUCUUUGCUGCCUUUGAUGCAAUCCAAAGAGGCUACUGUCUCAUUCCCAUCUCCAUGGCCCUAGUGAUUGGGCCGCUGAUGAAGUAAGGCUGGGUGUCUCAGGUUCCAAGGGAAGUGUUAACUUCCCCUUGUUGUUGUGUGGGCUUGCUUUUUUUCUUGAGUUUUGUAGAGCAAUCGAGCUAUUUAACCAGUCUCGAGAUAUCUUAGAUUUUGUGCUCUACCUUAUUGAACACUCUGUGAUUCACUGUUUAAACUUAACAUUCUUCUGUUCUUUGCACAAACUAGUACUUAGCCUCCCUCCGCUUCCCGGUUUUGGGGCCAAACUUAAUGUUAAACAUCCUAACUGCAUUGGCUAAUUAGCUAAUUUUAAAUUGGAGUAAGGAAUUAUUCAUGGUCUAAGACUAUCCUCCUAAUCUCAUUAAUCACUGCCUGCUGAAUUUUAGGUGUUUAUUACAACGUAAGGCAGAUGACAAUCUAUCCCCACCUUCCCUUUGCAUCUAGGUACUACUUGGGAAAAUGCCAGGUUUGUUUGGGUUUAAAACAGGAAAUAGGGCAUAGAAGGGAUGUUCAGGUACAGUUUAAAAUUUGCUGGGACUAAUAUACACUGAAUCCUCAAAAGAGCAUCCACUGUCGCCUUGUGUAUACACUUUAGAGAAGCCUGGCCCUCUCUUGAGGUUCGUUAAGAGAAAUUCCGAAGGAGUUCAGAUGUUCAGUUUCUGAUACUUGAAGGAUGGACAUCUGUGUUCACUUGGUUCUGUGAUUACCUCCGAUUUUAUAAUGGAAUGAUUACAUCUGAUUAUCUGUUCAGCUUUAACUGUGGAAAAUUUCUAGAAUCUGAAUGAUUUUAUGCUGUUAGUCCACAAGCAGCAACUGUUAUGAUAUUUUUCUAAAUGCUUGAAAAUCAAAACCCACCAAAAAAAAGGGGGAAAAAAUCCUAUUCUUGGCCAACAGUUUUCUUACUAAGAUGAUUUUUUUUUUAAUGUGACAGAGGUCAAAAUAUAGUGACUUCGUUACUUUUCAGUUCUAAUUGUGGACCCAUGAUGCUUUGCCACCCUCAUCACCUCACCCCCAGAGUAGGAACCAAAACCCCGACACAAACCAUGUUCUAUCUAAUGUCUAGGAGGAAGUCGUUUUCUGUUUGUACAAUUGGACAGAACCUCAGAGUUUCUGAUGAGCCAUUAAGUCCAACCCUAUCUGACCAAGAAUCCUCCGUCUAGCACCCCAACAGUUGUUCAGCCUCCAGGAGGCUCACCAUCUUCUCAUGUAGCUCAUUUCACUUUUAGGCAGCUCUGUUUGUUAGGAGGGAGAAGAGGUCUUAUCUACAUCUCCUCAAUCUGCCUCUCAGUGACUUCUGUCUGUUUUCUCCCUGCGGUCUCAGUCCUCUGGGGUCAAGCAGAACACAGCUAAUCGCUCCUCCUUGUGAUAGCCAUUCCGUUCCUACUUCUCUAACACAAGAAAGUUGGGGUAUUUUAAGUGGCUUUGCCUGUGGAGCAACCCCAGAGUAUCUACUCCUUGGGUUAGAGUGUGAAUUGGGGCAUUGGGAGCCAUGGGGGUUUCUGUGAAAAUGACAGAAGUCUUAGUCCUUCCUCCCUCUAGUGCAUCCACUCCAAUUGAAGCUGCCGUUGCCCACAGACUCUCUGGCCUUCUAAAGGCCUGUUCUUGGAAUUGAACCUUGAACCAGCCCCCUCAUCGAUUCCAGCACCCAGGGCCCAAGUGGAGAUCGGCUCGAAUGCCAGGAGCCUUAUGGAGUUGGUUCUGCCCCGUUCCAAUCAUGGUUUACAAAAGCAGGUGGACAACGUUUCAGUGCCGAUUUGUGAUCCGCGCUUUCACAAUGUUUUCAUCUUGGCGUGUUCACUGAUUCUGAUCUGAAAACAUUUGAGACUUGAGAACCCAUGUAUGACGAUAGAAUUUAAUUUCUCCCCUUUCCCUUCUCCUCCCUCCCCCCAUCCACAAUGUCUUUAGUAGCCAGUGACUUCUGGAUUCAGACCAAUCAAUAAAAGGGGAUCAGUUAGUUCUCCA